AUGGGUCGCCCACCCAGUAACGGAGGCCCCGCCUUCCGCUUCACCCAGCCGGAGGUAACAGAAAUGGAAGCUAUUCUUUCAGAACACAACAAUGCAAUGCCAGCACGGGAUGUUCUUCAAGCUCUUGCAGACAAGUUCAGCGAAUCACCCGACCGUAAAGGCAAGAUUACAGUACAGAAUAAACAGGUAUGGAAUUGGUUUCAAAAUAAGCGAUAUGCGAUAAGGGCUAAAACUAGUAAGACUCCUGCGAAGUUAAAUAUCACGCCCAUGCCUCGGGUUGAUUUGGCCCCAGGAAGGAUUAUGGCUCAACCAACAGCUUCUCCUAUUCCCGCUCCUUCAUCUUCAGUUCAAGGAACAGCAAAAUUAGCUCUUGAAAAUUCAGUUAUGGAAUUUGAAGCUAAAUCUGGAAGGGAUGGAGCAUGGUAUGAUGUGGCUAACUUUCUAUCAUACAGACAUUUGGAGAGUAGUGAUCCGGAAGUGCUUGUGCGUUUUUCCGGUUUUGGAUCUGAUGAAGAUGAGUGGAUUAAUGUGAGAAAGAAUGUCAGGCCACGCUCUCUGCCGUGUGAAUCUUCAGAAUGUGUCGCAGUGCUCGCUGGAGAUCUCAUACUUUGUUUUCAGGAAGGUAAAGAGCAAGCCCUUUACUAUGAUGCCCAUGUCCUUGAUGCUCAAAGACGGAGGCACGACGUGAGAGGUUGUCGUUGUAGAUUUUUGGUUCGCUAUGAUCAUGAUCAGUCUGAGGAAAUCGUGACGCUUAGGAAGGUUUGUCGGAGGCCUGAAACUGAUUACAGAUUACAUCAACUUCAUGCCGUGAAUGAUGCACCACCUGCGGAUCAUCAGAAGAUUAGCUUGGAUCAUCCAGCAAAUGUUCAUAGCAUGAGGGUUAUUACUAAUUCUUCUGAAAUGGUGCAAAAGCAGCAACAGAUUGCAAAUACUCAUAUAGUAACACCAGUUUUGCAAACAAACGUUUCCAUUCCAGCACAAACUAUGAAUGUGGAUCCAGUGAAAAUUGAAACAAAACCUGAUAUUCAAGCCGGAAACCCUGUCACUCUAGGCACUGCCACAUUCACCCCCAGCAUCAUUACUACUGGAAGUAUUACUACUAGCAGUGUUCCUGAAGUUUCGACUUCGAACCUGGCCGAAGAGAAGUAA